GGGGAGCCAUGCUGAGGGCUCUAAUGGCUGUUGCCAUAAUGGCAGCAAUGGCUGGAUUUGCAAGGGGGAGGAACUAUGUUGUAGGAGCUCCAACAGGUGGAUGGGAUCUACGCACUAACUACACUCUUUGGGCUUCAACCAAGACAUUCUACCCUGGUGAUACAUUGACCUUCCUGUAUGGAUCGAGCCACGACGUGUUGGAGGUGACGAGCGUCGCCUACGGCUCGUGCGGGACGCCAAGCAAUCCGAUAUCGUCGGACAAAAGCGGGAACACCACCGUCGCGCUGAAGGCCGCAGGGACGCGGUACUUCAUCUGCGGGACGGCGGGGCACUGCAGGGGCGGGAUGAAGAUGGCCGUCGGUGUAGCUUCGUCGGGCUCGCCGCCGCCCAUUUGA